AUGUCUGCACCACCACCGGCUCCAAUCACCACGUUGAAUACGGCCGCAGGUCCAGCACCGAUCCUUGCACCCAAGCCACAAGAUCAGGUCCUCGAUCCGGUCCGGAAGGUGGCUCAGGGCCCCAUGCCCAAGGACAAAACAUUUGGGAGCACUCGAGUCAUGAUUACCGUCAACAAGAAUAUGACCGGCGCCGAAACCACGACAACUGCCUUCUUCAGAAUUGAAAUGCCCUUGGAUCCAACAUCGACCGAUGAUCCCGAGCGCGCAAUGGCGGUCAAAAGCAUCCAAGACAUCACGGAGAGAGUCUUUGAAGACGACGGGUUUGAGGCAGCGGACCUGCUCGCAUUCCUCGAGAAGCUUCUCAUCUUCCAGGAAGACGGAGUGAUGGUCGAGGCUGAUGACACGGAUUGUGAAGAGGAAGAGCAGAGUGGCACCGACACGGACGCCUCUGACGAUUCGUGGGCACGCAAAAUUUGGAUAGGUUGA